AUGUUCAACUCGGGCCGAGGCAAGGAUCCCAAGCGGGAAGUCAUGGGCACGGUUGAAGACGAGAGGCUGUCGCGACUGCUCUGGCUCAACUAUCUUGCUGGCAGCAAGGUGGCGUCGGAGCCGGCGCGGGAGAGUAUCAUUGAGGGCGUCAUGGAGUUUGUGGAGAGGCCGGUGGGAACGGUUGCGACGCAAGUCGUGUAG